ACGUUGCAGCUUGCAAGUUGUUCUCCAUACUGCGUGCUUUCUUACUCAUAUUUCUGAGCCUGAGGCCCUGAGCCCAUAUAUAUAUGAUCAGAAGAAGGCAGCCGAGAAAUUAGGGUGGAUCCCAUUUUUCUUUCCGCAAUCCAACUUCAAAUUCUUUGAUCCAUCUGACGUAAAGAUCGAUGUACAUCAAGGCAUUCAUUUUGUAUCAUCUGUCGUGGAUUGCAAGUGCUGCUGCUUAUCAUCGUCAGCCUCAGAUGAUGAAUGAGAAGCAGUCGUCGUCUGUGAUAUUCCCCCUCUCCGGGAAUGUUUAUCCUGAAGGAUACUAUUAUGUUACCAUCAACAUAGGCCGACCUCCCAAACCAUACUUUCUUGAUAUAGAUACAGGCAGUGACCUUACUUGGCUCCAGUGUGAUGCCCCGUGCAAGAAAUGCACGCCGGCCCCUCACAAUCUCUACAAGCCCAACCGAAACCUUAUUACAUGUCAAGAUCCCAUAUGUACCUCGCUCCAUGGACCUGGGAAACAUCAUACUUGUCAAACACCAGAAGAACAAUGUGAUUACGAGGUUGAAUAUGCUGACCAUGGUUCAUCAUUAGGUGUGCUGGUCAAGGACUCAUUUCCUCUUAAAUUUUCCAACGGUUCUGCAGUAGCUCCACUUCUAGCAUUUGGAUGCGGGUACGAUCAAGAAGUUAUAGAUGCAAGUCAUGUACCUUACACAGACGGAGUGCUCGGCCUUGGCAUUGGCAAAUCAAGCAUUCUAGCUCAGCUGCGCGACAUGGGUCUAACACGGAACGUUGUGGGUCACUGCUUAAGUAGACAAGGAGGAGGGUAUCUUUUGUUUGGAGAUGGUUUUCUCCCCACUUCUGGGAUUGUCUGGGCGCCUAUAAUGAGUCAGUCAAAAUACUACUCGUUGGGGUCAGCAGACCUAUGGUUAGGCGGCCAAGCUGCAAAUAUUAAAGGUCUUCAAAUAGUUUUUGAUAGUGGAAGCACCUACAGUUACUUCAGCUCUCAAGCCUACAAUUAUCUAGUAUCUCUGAUGAGAGACAACUUAAACGGAAAUCAAUUAAAGGAUGCAGUUGAGGAUAGAAGCCUUCCGAUAUGCUGGAAAGGUGCAGAGCCCUUCAAGUCUAUCCGUGAUGCCGUUGGCUACUUCAAACCUUUAGUAUUGAGCUUCAAAAAUGUUGAGUUCCAAGUGCAGCCUGAGGCCUAUCUUAUUGUUACGGUACAUGGCAAUGUCUGCCUUGGCAUCUUGGACGGCGGUGAGGUUGGAUUAGGAAACCUCAAUGUGAUUGGAGACAUCUCUAUGCAAGAUAAAAUGGUGAUUUACGAUAACGAGAGACAGCAGAUUGGAUGGGCUCCAUCAAACUGCAACAGCCACCCCAAGUCACAGUGACCCACUCCAAAUCUUUUGUAUUGUUAAUUCGUCUUAUAUUUCGCAAUGCACUUUAUACAAAAUAUCAUGCGUAUAAAAUUUGCAAGAUCUGUAAUUCUAAAGAGAAAAACAAUUAUACA